GUCUAGUAAGUCUGUAGUCUGCUUGGCAAUGAGCCUUUUUUUUUUUUCUCUCUCUUCUCCCUUGGCUGCUGUCUUGCUGCCUUCAAUCUUAUAAUGCUCAACACAAAUGCAAGUAGAGGAUAGUCAAGCUGGUGAGGAGCUAUUGCUACCACGUGUAUGCGAGAAUAAAAGGAACCAAAGGCGGAGAGAAAAGAAGGCGAAACAGAAGAGCGUAGAAGCAAAGCGGCGAAAUCAAGCUGCAAAGAAAACAAGCUUCAAUCAGCCGAGGCGGCAGGGUGAGGUGGUGCAAGGUUCUGAAAAAGGGCCGGGAUGCCGGAGAAGAAGGUUUGUCGGUAUUAACUCGUGUUUGGUGUUCGUGCGAACUCCUCGUGACAGUCAGACGGGCCCCUCGUUUACUCGGCGGCUCAGUCAGCGUGGAGUUGCGUCGAUGCGUUGGCGAGAAGGGAAGGGAAGAUUAGGCAACGCCGAGUGGCUACGCUGUCUCGGGGUCUUGUUGUGUCUUGUAUUGUAUUGGACGAUGAAGGAGGGUGGGAAGAGGCAAGCGAAGCUGGCGAGGCAGAAAAUGCAGCGUUGACGGAUGACGAGAAAAAUCGGGUUCGUGCGCAGAGAUGGGCCUGCGUGGAGAAAUGAUUCAGGAAGCCGUGGCCUUUUUAGCGGUCAGCCCCCCCCGAAGGACAAGGUGAUGAUGAUCUGCUAUAGCGUCGGGCGAUGGCACCAGUAGAGCUCUGUGUCUCCUUGGGCUGGGGGUCCUUUUUGCCAGUGUGUCAGGCUGAGAGGUGAGGGCAGAUCUCCGAGCUAUCGCUA